GUAUAUAUAUAUAGCAGCCAAUUCAGCUAAAAAAAGAAAAUGUGUGCCUCCAGAAGCACAACUGCUCACUUAGAUCCGAUUUUAUCAUUUAACUUUAAUUUUAGUUUAACUCUGUCUUUUUUGAAGGGCACAGAAGGAGAGAAAGAGCGAAAGAGUUGAUGAAAUCGGACAUUAACCGCUCAGUGAAUGGUCGUGCUUCUGUACACACCCAUUUUCACUUAUUAAUGGCCAAUUAGGUUAAAUCCAACUAGAUCAGACUAUUUUUUUAGCCAUUUAAAUACAUAGAAAAGAAAAGAAUUUUGUCAAUCUAAUGGCUCUUCCAAUCACGAGAAGAAGGAAAUUCUUAAAUUUGAACAAUCCACUUGUCAUCAUUAUGUCUUCAAACAUAAUAAUUUGGAUGAAGAAGUGUCUACAAUAAUAUUGCGAUGCAGGAAGCUAUGAUUAUCUUUUAUUCCAAUUUUCGCUGUUAAUUGAUUGUUGAUCCUAAAUACAAGGAAUACAGGCAAGAUAUGGUUUCCAAGCUUGGGUUCUUGCUGCUUGGUUGUAUGGGAUGUGUUUUGUUAUUCUUUAUAUUCAUGGAGAGAGAUUUACGGUCACAGACUUCUAAAACGAAUCUACUACAAUCUCAAAUGACAUAUGAAAGGCUAAGCAAAUCAUCAGAUGAUACGAGAAUUAUAAUCGAACCAUCAUGCAAUGCUACCUUCUUGAUAUGGAUUAUCACAUCUUAUGCAGGUGAUCCAUCAGAUAGAAGCGCUUUACGACGAGCGUAUAUAAAUGAGGAAUUACAAACCUUAGGAAUUGAAAGAGUAUUUCUGCUUGGUAAGUUAAAUGAUGACGCCAAGAAAAGAACGCAUGUAUCGCAGGAAGCAUUAUUGGACGAGUCGCGACGAUUCCAUGACAUACUUCAGGGAGAUUUCCUUGAUACUUAUAGAAAUUUAACUUGCAAACAUCUGAUGGGCCUUCGAUGGGCAACAAAUAAUUGUAAACACGCAAGAUACAUUAUGAAGAUGGACGACGAUAUAGUUGUAAAUAUAUAUGAUUUAUUAGAAAAGUUACACUCAGGUAUAAUAGAGAAGGAUUCAUUAGCUGGUUACAUAAUGAAAAAUAUGGUCCCUGUUCGAGAGCUAGCCAAUAAAUGGUAUGUAAGUCAAACUGAAUAUGCGGACAAUAUUUAUCCUGAUUUUGUCUCUGGUUGGCUCUAUAUUACAAAUUCACAAGUGACAAGUCAAUUGAUCAAUUAUGCCAAAUCUUCUCAUAAAUAUUUUUGGAUAGAUGAUGUAUUUGUGACUGGUAUUUUAAGGAAAGAUCUAAACAUAAAAAUCCAAGAUAUCAGUAAGAUAUAUACAAUAGAUCAUAGAUACUUGGAAUGUUGUAUAAAGGGAAAAACAAAUCUGUUGAAAUGUGAAUUCUUAAUUGGUCCUAACGGCGGUGAUACAGAGUUACAAGUGAGAUUCCAAGAAUUUGCAAAGUUUUGUCAUGUAAACUGUUUCACUCGUGCCGAAAAUAUUUUGGUUGCCAAAACCUGUGUAGUUGCAUAUAAAGAGCCAUAUCUGCACAAAGGUGCUUUCCACAUAAAUCCCUUCAAAAUUUUAUAAAUGAAUAGGAGCAUAGAUGUAAAAAUUAAUAUUUCCUUAUUUCAUGUAAAAUCUUUGCUAUAUUUUUUAAAAUAGAUUCAUUCCCUUGGGCAAAAUCUCAAAUGUUAUUUAAAGCACGUUUUGAUUAAGAUUAAAAAGAGCAAAAAAUUUUUUGAUGAUAGAAAGUAGCAAAGUGGAAGCAUUUUUUAUAAAAAUGAGGAAGUACUAUAAUUUUA